GUCGUCCGCGCGCGCACCACCGGGACGGAGCCGGACGCGUCCUGCUUCUGACACACUGAGGGGGCCAAGGCAACCUUUUUGCUGGCUUUUGCAUUUCUUCUUUUUUGACGUCGCCUCUUGAGGCUCCUGCUUGUGGAUUAUUUGGUUCCGAAUCUGCGCAAGAGGUGGGCGGCCAUGGCCAUGGAGGAGUCGAGCUCGCAGCAGAAGGCGCAGCAGCUGUGGGACGGCGACGCCAAGGCGGUGCAGCAGUGUCUCACGGACAUCUUCACCAGCGUGUACACCACCUGCGAUGUGCCCGAGAGCGCCAUCUUCGGGCCGUGCGUACUCAGCCACACGUCCAUGUACGACAGCAUCGCCUUCAUCGCGCUCAAAGCCACCGACAAGCGCACAGCGCCUUACAUCUUCCGGGUGGACACGUCGGCGGCCAACAGCACAUCGGAGGGCCUGAUGUGGCUCCGCCUGGUGCAGUCAGCCCGCGACAAGGACGAGCAGAACUUGGAGGCCUACGUGAAGAAUGGCCAGCUCUUCUACCGCUCGCUCAGGCGCAUCGAGAAGGACGAGGAGCUGCUGGUGUGGUACGGGAAGGACCUGGUGGAACUGCUGCUGCUCUCCGCCGCCAGGGUGGCCCCCAAGAGCAAAGGUUCAUCUCAACACUCAUGUCCCGACUGUAGCCAAAGGUUCCAGUUUGAGUUCCCGUUUUUGGCGCACCUGCGCUUCCGCUGCACCAAAAGACUGCAGAGCCUGACGGGAGCGGACGAGGAGCCCGGCAGGGAGCGCAGCCCGGACCGGCCCGCUGACGUGACCACGCCCACCAGAAGCAGCCCCAAGCACGGGCGCUCCGAGGGCGAUGGCAGCAAACCGUCCACGGACUUCCACAACCUGGCUCGGGACAUGGAGAACAACCGGACCGGCAGCCCGCUGAGUGACAGGGAGGCGGAGGUGUGCAGCGAGAGCUCAGGGAAGAGAAAGUUCUCCGCCGCCGAUGACCGGGAGUGCCGGCGUGCCAGCCUGCCACAGCCCAAGUCCAAAGAGGAGUUGGCCACAUCGGCGCAGAACUACCGAGGCGUGUACGGCUUGGAGGAGAACCACCGCACGCUUUCCACGUCCGCUUCCUCGGAGACCAAGCGCAGCGCCUUCACUGAAGUCAAGAAGUCAGUUCAGACUCUCAAGAACCACGGCGGCGGAAAAGGCUUGUCGGCCGCCAACUCCGAGAACAAAGACCGUCCCGCCAGCGGGGGCAGCGGCCUCUCGGACAAGCACCUGAACAUCCGGCAGGUUCUGUCGGAGACGCAGCCGCCCCAAACCCCGCCCGUGGCGAGCGCCUUCACCUCAGUGAGCCAGGCUGGCGCCGGUGAGCGCAAGAGCGCCUUCAGCCAACCGGCCCGGUCCACCUACGCUCAGAUCUCCCCGCUGGUGAUGCCGCCCAAGCUGCUGGACUGCCACCCGGCGGUGGGCGACACCAUCUCGUCCAGUCGCCUCUACCAGGCCGACCACCUGGCCGCCAAGCUGCAGGGCGCCGAGCUGGGCGCCAGCUGCCCGGUGCCGGGCGGGGUGGCCAAGCAGAGCCCCUUUGUGUACGCCGCCGCCACCACAUUCUGGCCCAAGAACUCGGGCGGCGUCCAGCUACAGAUGCCCUCGGCGCUCACGCUCCUGCCGCCCUCCUUCACGUCGCUCUGCCUGCCGGCACAGAACUGGUGCGCCAAGUGCAAUGCCUCCUUCCGCAUGACUUCGGACCUGGUGUACCACAUGCGCUCGCACCACAAGAAGGAGUACGCCAUGGAGCCCCUGGUCAAGCGCCGGCGGGAGGAGAAGCUCAAGUGUCCCAUCUGCAACGAGUCCUUCCGCGAGCGCCACCACCUGUCGCGUCACAUGACCUCGCACAACUGACUCGAGGGCCCGCCCGGGAUCCGACGCCAGGGAGCCGCAACUCAAAUCUUCAAAGGUCCUCUCUCAGACAGAAAAAUGACUUCUGCUCCAAUUUGAUUUCCAACACAAGCACCCUAUUUUUUUUUUUUUAUAACUCCUCUGACUAAGGACCCCGGCAAAACCACCUGAGGCUAUCUCUCAGCCAAGAUACCUCUACCGCUUCCUCGGACCAAAUACCAUGCAACAUUUCUUUCUACUGAGACGGGAUUUUACUUCCAUCUUGGGUGGUUUCAGAAAGAGCGCAAAGAUUGCAAAUGGGUCCACGCGCAAGUAGCGGGCGCAUCGUCUACCACGGCAUGGAAACGAGUCAACCUUAGCAUGCGAGACAAAAACCUCACCGACUGUGCUUUGCUAGCUCAUACGGUGGCAGCAUUCGGUGGUGCCGCCACGUUCAGCCACCUUGCUCAGCGACUCGUUUGCAACGUUUGGACCACACGGCAAAACCAAAGUGUCUUCAGGGCGGGAAUUUCUGAACAGUCUCUCGGUGGAAGUCAACUCAAACGGCAGACUUCCCGCGUUUUGUUGGUCCCGACUUCUUGAGACUUCGGUGCGACUAAUCAUUGUCCAGCAAAUUUCAUGUUGCUAACCAAAACAGAAAUAGCCUAAAAUUCCCGCGUUUUGUCAGUGACAGCUUGUUGGAACUUUUGGCGAGACUCCUCAUGAUGCGCGUCUACCAAAUUUCAUGUUGCUAAAAGAAAUUCUUUGGGACAAUUGGGUAGCUCUCAGGGAGGAGCUAAGUUUUGCCCGGGUCGUUAGCCAAACAGACUUGGUUAUGUGAAAUUGGCUGAGCGUGUCUGUUUUUGGAGGCCUGCUGCAAAUCGGG